AUGGCAUCUGCAACCCAAGAAGCAAACAUGGCUGUGUGGUACGAUCGAGAGAUUCGCUUCGAUGUGCCACCAAAUGACAUUAAGUGCCGAUCUGGUGAAUGUAUUAUCGACACUCUUAGUUCAGUCGAAGAUACCAAAGGAAACAAUGGCGAUAAGGGAAAGCUUAUCAUAACUAAUAUUCGUCUCAUUUGGCAUAGUCAUUCCUCGACGCGUACGAAUCUUUCUAUUGGUUUACAUGCACUCGUUACUAUCACUGCUCGAAAUGCCAAAUCGAAACUUCGUGGCAGCACAGAAUCAGUCUAUCUCUUGACGAAAUCAGGUUCAUCACGUUAUGAAUUUAUUUUUACAAAUUUGGUGACUGGUUCAAGUGCAAUGCUCAAUUCAAUCGUCGCUGUUCAUAAAGCUUAUGAUUCAAGUCGUCUCUAUCGUGAAAUUCGCCUUCGAUCAUCAUUACUUAACAAAGGUCAACUACGUAUUCUACCAAAAGAACGUCUGCAUAGUCGAUACAAUGGAGUAUGGAACCUAUCUUCUGAUCAAGGUAAUCUGGGUAUCUUUCACAUCACGGACAUUCGUCUCAUAUGGCACGCAGAACUGAAUGAAAACUUUAAUGUUAGUGUACCGUAUUAUCAAACUAAAAGUAUCAAAAUUCGUGAUUCGAAAUUCGGUGUUGCACUCGUUGUUGAAACAACGCCAUACAGUGGAAACUACUUGCUCGGUUUUCAAAUAGCACCUGAGGAAAAACUUCGAGAAGUUCACAAAGAAAUUAUUACCCUUCACAAAAGCUAUUUCGCCAAUCCGGAAUUUGGUGUUGAGUAUUCAAUCGAAGAACAACAACCAGAUCAGCCAGCCACGCGUCUGGAAAGUCUAGUUGAUGACAUCGAAAUCUUACAAAGCCGAGAACAUACAGAUUCAUACGCUACCUAUUUGACGGAUACGGGUAAACGUGAUCGUGAACCUGUCUAUUCGGAAGAACUUGGCUUGGCUAUAGAAAAACUACCACAGGGAUAUACUUUGAGUAGCCUAUGGGACAUUUUGAAUUGA